GCAGAAGUGCAUAGUGGUGGGCAAAACUCCCCAGGGAAUUCAGAAAUUUGGGUGAAAAGGGUCUGAGCAUCAGGGCAGGGGGUGGCGAGUCAGAAAUAAACACGUGUGUACGCGUUGGGGUUAGAAAUCGCUUCUCCACUGGGCACGCUGUAGCAGGGGGGGAAGCAGAAAAAUACCAGUUGCAGCCGCGUUUUCCAAAGAGCUCGAACGUUUCUGCUCGCCGUCGUCGCUUCCAAGAGACGGAGAAAACCGGGGAGGUCGAGCAUCCCCGAGCAUCCCUGCAUCCCUGCGCCGCAGCGGGAGCUGCUGGAGGAGCCACCCUGGGGAAGGAAAACAACCGGCCAAGGCCGAGAGCCGGAGCGGGGAGAAUUUUUCGCCUGCGUUUCUGCGGAGCCAUCCCAGCAAGCUGCCCGUGGCUGUGGCGUGGCCUUGGUGACACGAAUUGUGCCGGUCUCAGCCCAGCUGUGGGGGCAAAACCCCGUUGGGUGACUGGAGAGGGGCUGGGUCCAUCCCUCAGUGGGUUCUCUGGCUGAACACCCCCCACCCCCCCAAACCUGCUGUCCUCAUUGUUGGUGUUUUGGGGAUCAUCCCUGAAGGGCUAUGGGGGUCUUGGUGCUGCAUGGCCAAGGGGGAGCGGGACGGUGUGCUGAAGGGGGAGGGCGGGAUGGGGGGCACCCCAAAAUCUCACUGGGGUUCAGGAUGUGGCACUGCAUGCCCCUCGCUUGGGGUCUGGACUGUAUGCUCAGGGCACAGGGACUGCAUGCAUCACGUCGGGAUUCGGGGACCCUCGCACCGCACCCCCUGUCAGGACACAGGGACCACCUGCACGCUGCCCGGGGCAGGACAUGGGGACCCAUGCAUCAGGGUUGGGGUCAGGCUGUGGGGACCCUGGCAUGGCACUUGGGGUCACAGGAGGGACCCUAGCAUGAUGCUGAGGGUGGGGACAUGGGGACCCUUGCACUGGCGUUGGGAUGCAGGGACUCUUGUGUUGGGGUUGGGGUCAGAACUUGGGGACCGUUUUGCUGGGGCAGGUACGAAAGGACACUUGCAUCGGGGCCGGGAUUUGGGGACCACGGUACGGGGACUGCAGCAUCUCCCCAGGGCUCAGCCGGCUGGAAACGGGGGACAGUGGGGGCAGGUUGUGUCUGUCCCCUCCCUCCCCGCAGGGACCCUGACCAGGGGCCAGAUCCGGGCUCCCACCGCUCACUCCUGUACCACCACCCUGGGUGGCUCUGGAUAAUUUGGAUGUGGCACCGGAGACGCUUAAUCCUGUCCUGAUCCAGCCUUCACCCCAAAACCCUGCUGCCAUGAAGAAGAAGCCGGGCAAUGGGAGGGGGCCGGACCCUGCGGCCCCCCAGCAGCGAGCCCGGGGCAUCAUCAAGCCAGCGGAGUAUGUGGGCUCCUUUGCCAUGGAGGACCUGGACCUGCAGCAGCAAGUGGGGCAGCUGGAGGAGCAGCUGCGGGCGCUGAAGGACUGCCCCAGGAGGAGGUCGGUGGUGCUGAGGUUCAGCUUGCAGGGGCUGAAGGUCUACGGUGCCGACGGGGAGACGCUGCUGAUGGCGCACGCUCUCUGCCGCAUCCUGUACAGCACGUGGCACCACGCCGACCGCCAGUUCGCCUUCGUGGCCCGCAAUCCCUGCAGCCCUGCUCGCACCCUCUUCUGCCACCUCUUCGUGGGGCUCCCGGGCGAGGUGCAGACCCUGCACCUCUUGCUCUGCCGCUCCUUCCAGCUCUGCUACCUCCUGGCACACCCCGAGGACCAGGCGGCCGAGGGGGAGCCCCUGGGGACCAGGGUGCUGCGGGAGCCGCUCAACCCCGAGGAGGUGUCGCGCAACGUCAAUGCCCUCGUCUCCUUCCGACGCCUGCCUGCACCUGCCGGCCUGGGCUCCCUGAGCACAGGGGAUCGGCGGCCAGAGGCAGAGGGCAGAGCUGGUGCCUGGUGCCCCGGGAACCCCUACUGCUCCCCGGUUCUGGUGCGCAAAAAAGCCAUCCGCAGCAAAGUCCUGCGCUCAGGGGCUUACCGGGACUGCGGGGGCGACAGCCAGCUCCACCAGCCCCCCCGUGACACUGCGGCAGUGGGAUGGGAGAGCAAAGGGGCGAAGAGCUUGGCCUUCCUCCCCGAAAACGAGAGCGUCCUCGCCGAGAGCGUGUGGGCCUUCGCCGGCAUCACCAGGGAUGGUGGCAUCGCGCUGCUGCGGCGGGACGUGCCUGGCGCCUUCCUCCUGCGCCCCGAGCCUGGCCUGGCCAAGCGCUGGUGCCUCUGGGUGCGGGCGCCCUGCGGUGUCGUCUCCUACUGCCUCUUCCAGACCCACCAGGGCAGGUUCUGCGUGGAGCAUUCCACCGCCGAGUUCGCCAGCGUGGCUGCCCUGCUGGCUCACUACUCUGCAGCACCGGGGGGCUGCUUCUGCCGCCUGGCCCCCGGCCGCCGCAACCCCGGCUACCAGGAGCGGGACCCCGGCGGUGGGGCCAGUGCCUGGGGGGAGGCCGCCUGGGCCCCCACCGCCCCCGUCGGGGUGCAGCAUGAGCGGGGUUAGGCCCGGGAGCACGGCUGCCCCCCAAAAUCCCCAUUUAGCUUUAAAUCGCUGCCGUCUGCCUUAGUUAUUCCCCUCCGCGGGCUGCGCGCAGCGGGCUGUACGGCGUGCCUCUGCAAUAAAUGGCUCUCUGCUACCGGA